AGCCAUGGUGGUCCAGGCGGCGAUCAACUGGACUCGCCAUGGCUGCGGGAGUCAUGCGCCGCCAGCGCGCCUCCCCGACGCCGAUGCUGGCGCGCGCGACGGGCGGCCCCCGCGAUGGCGCCGCCGCAGAGGCGACGGCGCGGCUGGGUCCGUGCUGCGCUGGCGGCCUGCCGCUGCUGCUCGGCCGUCCGCGCUCGGGGCGGGCCUGCAACGCCCUAGAGGCCGCUGGUCACGGCGACGCCGGCACGGGCCGCAGCGGCGCCAGCAGCGGCGCCAGCAGCGGCUGCGGCGCCAGCAGCGGCGGCAGCGGCGGCACCACGGAUGCAGGAGUCCGCGGCGCCGGCGAUGGCUGCGGUGCCAGCAGCCCCAGCAGCGGCAGCAGCAGGGCAGGGGGCGGCGGGCCCGCCUCAAGGCCGCUCGACGGGGCCAGGCGCCGCGGGCGCAGCUUCUCCUCGGUCAGCAGCCUGGGAGACCGGUCUCACCUGGAGGUGCGCGCUGGCAAGAUCGCCGUGUCCGGCCGCUACCAUGAGCAGACCCAUCGGAUAGAGCAGGACUACGACAUCCACAGGGCGGUCUGCGGCGUGGGCCAGAGUGGGCAGGUCCGCGUGGCCACUAGGAGGGGCUCGCCGCGGGGGCGGCGGAGGUAUGCCGUCAAGGCCUUCGAUGUCGCCGCCGCCUCGGAGUUCUCUCGGAACAUGUGGGCGGGCGAGGUCGAGGUCUUUCUGUGCAUGGACCACCCGCACAUUGCCCGCCUGUACGAUGUGUACGAUCAAGGGAACAUGCUGUAUCUAGUAAUGGAACUCAUGGAAGGAGGUGAGCUGUUCGACCGGGUGGUGAAGCAGAGGGCCUUCUCGGAGCCGGCAGCGGUGGAAAGCACCACGCAGAUCCUCUGGGCCCUGAACUACCUGCACAAGCACAACGUUGUGCACCGCGAUUUGAAGCCUGAGAACAUAGUGUUCGACAGGAAGGACAGCAGCGUCCUCAAGCUGAUCGACUUUGGGUUCAGCAGGAUCUGGGAGCCCGGAGUGAACAUGGAGGCCGAGUUCGGCUCACCUGGGUACAUGGCGCCAGAGGUCCUGACCGGCAGUUACACCAGCCAGUGCGACCUGUGGAGCUUGGGCGUCAUUGUCUUCGUUAUGCUGUGCGGCUAUGCGCCCUUCCCCGGCUCCCGGGCCGAGAAGAGGGCCAACAUCAGGCAGGGAAAGUUCCACAUGUGCCCGAAGCGCUGGGCCCACGUCUCGAAGGACGCCCAGGCGUUCACCAGGAGCCUGCUGGUGGUGGAUCCGUCCAGCCGCCUAAGCGCGCGGGCCGCCAUGGACCACCCGUGGCUCGCCCAGCAGCACCCGACUAGCUUCUGGAGGCGCGAGGCGAAGCUGAACGGGUCGGUGGUCACGGCGCUGAGAGAGUUCGGGCGGGCCUCCAAGUUCCGCCGCUGCUGCCUCGAGAUGAUCGCCUGGUCCCUAUCCAGCGAGGAGUGCGAGGGGGUGCUCGAGCAUUUCAGGGCAAUGGACCAAAGCAGGCAGGGGACCAUCACGCUGUCCGAGCUGCAGGCCGCACUGAGGCGUGGGUUCGGGGUGCCCGACUCGGAGGUCCGCCAGAUCUUCACCGCCAUGGACACGAACAGUGACGAGGAAAUCCACUACUCCGACUUCCUGGCGGCCAUGGUCAGCACCUUCGUUGAUGUUGGAAGCACAGGGACUUCUGUGGUUGAUAAUUAUUUCUUCAGAAAUGAGAGUUCAACGACAAUACCAACACCAUCAACAACACGAACAGCAUUCUUUGGCCUAGACCAGGGGCGCACGACAAGAGAACAACGGUAGUACAUCACGGAAUCGGACCGCUAACGGUGCGGACGAGAAUUCCCAGACAUACAAACAACAAGCCCCCAACCAGAUCGUGAAAACGGGUGAAUAUCGCCCCCCAUCGACUUUCACAUCAUCUAAGGUAAGCACCCACAUCGACGUCGGCGACCACCACCUGUUGGCCGCGUUCGCGAGGUUCGACGCCGACGGUUCGGGCCACAUCACGGUUGAGAGCCUGCGCCAGGUGCUCGGCGACACCUUCAAGGGCGAGCGGGCCGCCGCGCUGCUCGGCGAGGCCGACCCGCGGAACGACGGGCGCGUGUCGUACGAGGAGAGUUCGCCGCCUUCGUGCGCGGGGGCGCGCUGCAGGGGCCCCGCAGCAGCCCCGCGCCGCAGCCUCUGGAGCAUCGGGGCAUGGGAGGCGGAAGAAGCGCUGGCCGAGCAUCUUGAGCGCAGGGAGUGCCUCCCUCGCGGCCAAGGUGGCAUCGCCGGUGAAGAGGCGGGGCGCGCAAGGGGCGUAGGCCCCGCGCCGCUUCCCGGCGAAGGCCGUACCGGCUGUCUCUGCUGCGCGGCUGCUGCUGCUGCUGCUGCUGCUGCUGCUGCUGCUGCUGCUGCUGCUGCUGCUGCUGCUGCUGCUGCUGCUGCUGCUGCUGCUGCUGCUGCUGCUGCUGCUGCUGC